AUGACUUUGUUCCCCACCAAGUUUGAAAAUGGGAAGAUUGAGUACAAGAUAAGGUACAAGGGGAGAUCAAGGCCAUUCUCUAGAGCCAAGGCCUUGGUGACUUCAGAACAAUCCAGGGACCCAACCAAGCUAAAGGAGCUUCUGUCUCAAGUGUCAAAGAGCCAGCUCGACCGACUCGAUCGAGCUAGAAACCAGGGCAACUCGAUCGAGCUUCGACCGAGGUACUUUACUGAAAAACAGUGUGACAAGAUGACAAACAGUGAGGGAAGCCAUGCUUCGCAGAGGGAAAUGGUUGAGGGAGAGACAAGCAAUGCAAACCAAGAGAAGGCAAGGGAGAUAGCCGAUGAAUAG